UUCUCCAACUACCCCGGUCAUGUACUAAUUGUGGCCAUGUUGUCCCUGCAAACUUCUUAAUCUCAUGCGCCCACCUAACUUUCUACCGCUCCCUGCUACGCUUCCCUUCCCUUGGAAUCCAGUGUGUAACCCUUAAUGACCAUCGGGGAUCUUCCCUCCUCAUUACAUGUCCUGUCCAUGCCCAUUUCUUUUUCUUGAUUUCAACUAAGAUGUCAUUAACUCGCGUUUGUUCCCUCACCCAAUCUGCUCUCUUCUUAUCCCGCCUUAAUGUUACACUCAUCAUUCUUUUUUUCCAUAGCUCGUUGCGUCGUCCUAAAUUUAAGUAGAACCCUUUUUGUAAGCCUCCAGGUUUUUGCAGCGUACGUGAGUACUCCGCUUGCGUUACUCCCGGUUUGACAGCUAAAAUUUCGGACCAAGUGGCAUGACGUUAGAAAACAAAGUUCACAGGCCUGCUAUCUAGGAGUCAUUGGCUCUAGCCCUUUGAGGAGCGCUCAUGCCGAAAGCGAGAGAAAGCGUGCUGUGGAGUCGCGGCGAUGCCCUCUCCGCUCACGCUAUGGAGUUUCCUUUCGCCCGCCCUGCUCCUUCGAGGCGCAGUUCGUGACGUGGCGUCGCAGCCAGUGCCAAUGCGAGUUUAGGUGCCAUUUCGCUGCUACAGUUGACAGACACCAGCUUUUUUGCCCAAUGGGUUAUUUAGCGCUUUGCCUUCAAUAAUGACAUUUAUUGGUACCAGACAACCCCAGCAUCUACUCAGGAAAGCUGAAAGCUGCUUCUGAAGGGCCACCUAUAUUGAAAAAUGCACAGAUUUAAUAUAUCAUGUAAAUGUACGCAGCCGUGUACUGCUGUUAACCUGGAUGUUCUUUUUCUUCCAAGAAGGACGGACACGCACACAGUGUUUUUUGCAUGGUCUCUAUGUGUUCCUUUCUAAAGGCGUGCUAGAAUGCUGUUUGCGCAUUUUUAGCAGUGCACGUUGCCUUUUAUAACGCAACUAAGCUACCGUUGUUUUCGCGAAGAAUGGGUAAUGGUGCAUUAUAUCCCACUCCAGAACGCUUAUCGCCAUUCUGUGAACGUGAAGAUACACAAAUACUAAUAAAAGACAACGAUUGUAGGGCCAGUAUUUGUGGCUAUUACCAUUGUUUGCUCGCUUUCACCUUGAUGAAGCUUAUCGUGUUCCAACCUGCGAGAAUGUCAGAAAGGCGCGACAUCCGGUGGGGCGCAGUACAAAAGUAAGUGGGCAGUUCUAAUCUUAGUUCUGCGGUAGCCACACCUCACCACAACCUUGCUUUACACCAACUGUUCGUAAUCCCCUGAUCUUUCCACAUCAUGAAGCAUGUGUUUGCCGUAUUUUGCAUCUUGAGCUCACUUUUAUGCUCAGCUUCGACAUACAACCUCCAAUUGAGUGACUACUCAGUGGAGACUCUAAUUGGAAGCAAGUCCAAAGAAGCAGGCAAAGAAGCCAUACUGGUCGGGGAGAUUCUUCGUCAUGCGGCUCGUGAACUUGCGCAGAAUAAGGCACACUACAGCGAGACGGAUGCAGAUGAAUACUUCUUCAGAAGCCUAUGGGGCGAGAUCGUGGCAGCAAUAAAGAAUGCUGCGCGAGUUAUCUGGGACUUCCUCAAGGAACUUGCUAACAAUGUCAAAGAGGCCAUCAAGGAAGUUGCUCUUGCUGUCGUGGAGAAUGCAGGAGACGUGCUGAGAAAAAAGGCUACAGAGAAGGCUCUUGAGAUUGUAGCCAAAAUGUUCCAGAAUAGUGCGGCCACUUACUCCACAGAGAAGUACCAUAAUAAAGCGCAUACCGUUAAGGAGAUCUGCGCGCGCAUGGACCUUGUGGGCCGGCGCCUUAUUGAGGAGGGAAAGAAGAUUCUUGCACAAUGACAUGAGUAUAUAAGUGUAAUGUACCGAACAUCAGCGACUCAUGACUGACAAAUUCUACCAUACCUACCCGCAUCAGAGGCGGAAAAGUUGUUGCUUCAUUUCUACUGGCAAAUAAAUUUGUCACGCCUGAAUACCUACGUCUUGUAAAGAAAUGUUUGCAGCGAAGGUGACGCUUGCUUGUGUAUUUGCUGUCCGGAUACAUGAUACCUUUUACAAAGGGAAACCGCUUUCUACCAUUCGGAAGUGUAUUCAUUGCAGGAAUAGUUUUGAAAGCAUUGAAUUACACAGGCGCUAUUCUAUCGGAGUGUAUGGAAACGGUCAGAAAAGGAGCUGACAUGCAAUGGGAGACAAUAAAAGUGGGCUUCUUAAGCAAAGCGAACUCGUCCUACGAAUACUUGCAGUAGAACGUCUCAUACCUUAGAUAUAGCAUAGACGGUGUAACAUUCAAAAUACAGGCCAUCUUCUGGGAAUUUUUUAUGUAUAGAAAGAAUGGCUAAUAUAUACAUGCGGCGGCUUGGAUAUCGUUUCUGUUUUUGUUAUUGGAGGUUUACAUUGCAAUCCCACGUGUGAACGUCAACGACAGCCACCUACUUAGUUAUAUCUUCAUAUAAUUAAAGGUGUUUUUGGUGCACCUAAAACAUUAUGCACAUAAGAGUGGACUUGUAUAACAUAAAAAGAGGAUUACUACUGCGGCUACGGCAACAAAUGGAGCCUUGUGUUUUGGUAAGUCU